UUUCCAUGGAAACAUUCAUUGAUCUCAGGGCAGCGCCAUCAUGACACUAAUUAGCUUAUUGAGCAACACCUGUUCCAGCCUGAAUUCACUCCCUACUUAUGCCCUCAUGUUUCUCUGUUUCUUCACCAGAUGAUUAUAUCAAGUUGAGUACUAACCUCGCUCUCUUUGUUUAUCUGGUCCUGUCUUGUCACUGUGUUGGUUGCCCGCAUUGUUCGUGUUGUGGUUUGCCUUCCAGUCUUUGCUGAGUUUCAGCCUGACAAUCCACGGAGGAAUUCCAGUCUAUGCCCGCGUGCCAGGGAUCUACACUUCUGCUAUUAUUGCAUUGUCUGCUGGACAUCACUCACAUUACCUAACUUCUAACAAGGAUUCUUCCAAACUUCUCCUGACUUCCACGACACACAUACUCCGCUGGUGAACUCACUAAUCAUUACUCACUGCACGGUGGCGCAUGAUUGACUUUCUGCAUAUUAUUGUGAAUAUAUAUUUUUGUUUGUCACUUUUAGUCUUUUCUCACUCUUUGAUUUUCUCACUUAUUUUUGAAAAGCAUGUAAUAAGGUAAAGUCAAUCACUCAACCUUCAGAAAGUUGCUUGAGCAUUUCAUUGAUGCACAUAUUUUCACUGGAUCUGUUGCUAUUUUUAUUAAAAUGUCUAAAAACAAAGUGAUUUAAAUUUUAAAUGCAAUACCUGCAUGUGGUGUAAAACAUGGAGAGCUUUUAAUUUUCUAGUAAUUGCAUGUGUAACCGGUUCUGGUCGCUCCUAACAGGACUCGAACUCUAAUAAGGAGGCUAAAGGCUAUAGCCCCUAGCGUCAGUCUUCAGCUGGCCACAUAUUUUUUUCCAUGUUGUUGUUUUAUCAUUGUCACAAUCUUCUCUUCACAUGUGACUUUCAUUCUCACUCUGUUUUCACAGUUUUUCUGUUUGUGUUUGUUUCCAUGAACUCAGAACAUGUUGUGUUAGCAGAUCUGAUGCAGCAGUUUCACUUCUUUAACAUCCUGAUACUGAGAGAGUUUAAGAGACUGUUGUGCUUCAGACCUCCUUUAGAGGAGAAAUUAACAUGUUUUAAAUCUUAUUGUGAAUCACAGACAGUCUGAAUUUUAUUCACUGCAGAGUCACUUUUGUGUCUGAUUCAGUCGACAUGAUUUGCAUGUGUGUGUUUAGAUGUUCAAGUCUUUACUCAAAUUAAAGAGGAACAUCUUCAACAGAUUGAAUGCACCAAAAGAGAAGUUAAAUAUCUUAUUUUGUGUUCUGCAUGCAUUGGUCUGUAGACUCUUGUCUUUCUUCCCUUUUAUUUCUGUCUCUGAAGUGUGAAAUGACGUUUGAACACAGGAAGGGUUUGGUUUAGACAGACCGCACAGUUUAAACAGUUCCUUAAAGUGACAGUAUGGAGUCCAGUGUGCUGCCUCUUAUACUCUUGCUGAUGUCUAACAGCUAUUCUGCACAAAGACCAGAUAAACCUGUUCUGACUGUAAAUCCUGAAACAUCACCGAUAUUCAGAGGAGAGACUGUCACUCUCACAUGUGACAUACAGGGGACACGAGUGACCUGGACAUACAGAUUUCAGUGUGAUGGUGUUUGUAGUGUUUAUCAAGACUCUAAUGACAAAGAGAUCAAGUUUACUGCAAUGUACAGCGGAUACAGCAGAAGAUGCAUGUGUUACGCUAUCGGCUCAUUUACACAAUUCAGCACUUCCUGGAGUAAUGAAGUGUCAUUUACUGUCAUCGAGAGACCAAAACCUGAAGUGCGUGUAAAUCCAGAUCAUCAUGUGUUCAGAGGAGAGACAGUCACUCUCACAUGUGACAUACAGACACAAACACACACUGAGUGGAGAUACAGCUGGAUUAAAGAUGAUUCAGUCAAUCCAGUCAACUCUGAAUCCAGUGAUGCUGCAGGAACUAAAACAAUCAGAUCAGUGAAAGUCUCUGAUGGAGGACAGUACAGAUGCAGUGCACAAAGAGGAAACUACGACACACAGUUCAGUAACACAGUUCAAGUAACAGUUGAAGACUCAAAGCUCAAUCCUGAACUCACAUCAGAUACUGCAGGAGCUGCACUGACAGGAAACACGGUGACUCUGAUCUGUCACAUGACUCAGACCGCUGGAUGGGACUUUUACUGGUACAAACACACACAGAACUCUGAGAAAAACAAGACAGAAACAAACUCCUACAGAGUCCAUAUUGAUUCAGUGUCUGAUGGAGGUCAGUACUGGUGUAGAGCUGGAAGAGGAGAACCAGUUUACUACACAAACUACAGUGAUGCAUUGUGGGUCAGUGUCACAGGUUCUUCUUCUCAUCCGGUGAUUUGGGUGGUUGCGGGUCUGAGUGUCGCCGUGUUACUCCUCAUCUCACUGAUCCUGCUGUGGAGAUACAAACACAACAAAGAUCAGCAGUGUAUCAACCAACAGACAUCAGUUCAGAAUCAGAGGACACGACCUGGAGAAUCCCCGACAGAAAACUGUCCUCUACAGUCUGGUUGUGAUCCCAUUUAUGAUGAAGUGGAAACAAACUAUAAGAAGAGCACAGGGGCAUCAGCAGAUGAGGUCACAUAUUCAGAGCUCACUAUUAAAAACAAGAUAUCUGUGGAUAAAGAUGCUGGAAAAAGAGAUGUUUUAAUUGAGAUGAAAACUGAGGACAAUCAAAGAGGGAAAAGCAGUGAGUGUGAAGACACUGUUUACUCUGAUCUGAAGCAGAACACAGACAGAGGUGGCAGUGCUGGAGUCGAUGCAACUUAUGCUCAAGUUUUUAAUCACCGAAAGAAAAAAACCUGCAAGAAUUGAUCAAGUUUAUUUUAAAAUACACACAUUUACAUGUAGAAGAAACGCUGAAAUCAAUCAAUGAUCAGAUCAUUAAUUAAAAAAGACACCUGACAAGACAAAACUGGAUUUCCAUGAGAUUUUGAGAUGUGUUUUAUCCAGUCUUGACGUCAACAUGUAAUGAGAGAAUGCCGUUAAAUGCAUUUACAUGCAAAAGUUCUGAUCAUGUUUCUUGUAUUUUGUGUCGGGAAGUUUGUACACAAACCUUCUGCUUUUAUAAUGCGCUUAUUUUAAAUGUGUGUUUAAUAGUGCAACAUUUAUUGUAGUUGGGACACUUUCUUGUUUAAGUUCAGAAUUUGCUCUUUCAUGUAAAUUGUAAAAUAACUCUUACAUUAUAAACCUGCGUAUGUGUGUUUCUAUAAUGUCAGUGUAACUAUAUUCACCUUUAAAUUAAUUAAUUACAUUUUCUGUCUGUUCUGCAGCGCCUCAAAGUUACAAGAAUCACUUUAACUUUAAUAUCAGUAAUAUUUUCAUCAGUUAAACACAGUCUUCAUGUCUGUGUCGAAGAUGUGCCCGAAUUUAUGAGGAUUUUGCCAAGAGAAUAAGACUUUUAUUUAAGAUUUAUUUUUCAUGUUUUUGGAUCAGUUGAUUGUUUUUGUUUGAAGUUUCUCAGAUUUUCUGUCAUUUUGACGUUAAAUAAAAACAAAUCUGAUGUUCUUCUCAUGAGCAUUUAUCACACUUAAAAUAGUGGGACCAUUUUUAACCCUGGGUUAAUAUAAUCUGGGGUUAUAUUGUUUUCUAUUGUUAUUGCCUUUAUUGUCCAGAAGAUGGUGUCAAUGUAUCAGCUUUGAGUUUCUGAACCGCUUUAAACUGUUUAUGAAAAGUUUAAUAUUCAGAACUGUGUAAAAGUUUUAGACAUUUCUGGAAAAUGCUG